GUGAGGGGCGGAGGUUGCGCGGCGGCGGCGCCGGGCGCGCUGCAGGGGCCGCCCGGCCGCCGCGGGGCCGCCAUGCCCGCCAAGUCCAAGUACAACCUGGUGGAUGACCGGCACGACCUCCGUAUCCCCCUGCACAACGAGGACGCCUUCCAGCACGGCAUCUGCUUCGAGGCCAAGUACUUUUCUCUGCUUUUGUGCGUGGGAAAUUGAAGUUGAACCGAGCAUCUGCUGCCGUCUAUGUUUGGAGACGGGACAUGAAGAAAACUUUAGUCUGAUCCAUCAUGUGCCUUCCUAUGAACCCCUCCAGCUCACCUGCCCGCCACCCUCCCAAGGCUGCAAGCACUGGCACAGCCUGCUGGUUGCUGGAAAGUACAUCGGGAGCCUGGAUGUGCCACGGCCAAACAGCCGGGUCGAGAUCGUGACGGCCAUGCGGCGGAUCAGGUAUGAGUUUAAAGCCAAGAAUAUCAAGAAGAAGAAAGUGAGUCUCAUUGUGUCAGUGGAUGGCGUGAAGGUCAUUCUGAAGAAGAAGAAGAAGCUUAUUUCAUUGCAGAAAAAAGAGUGGGCCUGGGACGAGAACAAAAUGCUCGUCAUGCAUGAUCCCAUCUACAGGGUAUUCUACGUGUCUCACGACUCCCAGGACCUAAAGAUCUUCAGCUACAUUGCCAGGGAUGGGUCUAGCAAUGUCUUCAGGUGCAACGUCUUCAAAUCCAAGAAGAAGAGCCAAGCCAUGCGCAUCGUCCGGACGGUGGGUCAGGCGUUCGAGGUCUGCCACAAGCUGAGCCUGCAGCACACCCAGCAAAACGCAGACGGACAGGAGGACGGAGACAGUGAGAGGAAUGGGGACGACCUGGAUGUCCCAGCCUGCCGCCUCACCGGUGUCGAGAGGGCAGCCGCCUCGGCGGAGGAGACGGACAUUGACGCCGUGGAGCUGCCCCUGCCCGGAGCCGACAUCCUCGACUUCAGCCGUGGCGUGACCGACCUCGACGCCGUGGGCCAGGAGGCGAGCGCCUAUGCCGACGCCAAGGGCUGCCUCCACCCUGAAGAUAUCCUGACAGCGUCGCCCAAGAUGCUGCUGCCCUCGUCUGCCCAGCUGCCCGACCUGGGAACGCCCCUCUCUGCCCACCACCAAAUGCAGCUUCUCCAGCAGCUCCUGCAGCAGCAGCAGCAGCAGACGCAAGUGGCCGUGGCACAGGUCCACUUGCUGAAGGACCAGCUGGCCGCGGAGGCGGCGGCGCGGCUGGAAGCCCAGGCUCGCGUGCACCAGCUCCUGCUCCAGAACAAGGACUUGCUGCAGCACAUCUCGCUCCUGGUCAAACAAGUGCAGGAGCUGGAGCUGAAGCUGGCAGGGAACACCACCACGGGCUCCCAGGACAGUCUGCUGGAGAUCACCUUCCGCUCCAACGUCCUCCCCGUCCUCUGCGACCCAACCACCCCGCAGCCCGAGGACACCCACCCGCCGCCACUGGGCCCUGGCUCGGGCUUCCCCAGUGCCCUGGGCAGCCCCAUAGGUAGGAACGACUGUCUGGUGAAGCUGGAGUGCUACCGCUUUCUGCCAGGCUCAGGGCCACCCGCCCCGGAGCCAGCGCUGGGCAGCCUGGAGCUCAUUAAGUUCCGCGAGUCAGGCAUCGCCUCUGAGUACGAGUCCAACACGGACGAGAGCGAGGAGCGUGACUCCUGGUCCCAGGAGGAACCGCCGCGCCUGCUCCACGUCCAGCCCAGGCAGGACCUGGGUGACAGCCUGGAGGAUGAGAUCGCGGUGUAGGGGUCGGCAGGAGGUGGUGCGGAGCAGCCAGGACCCCCCCGGAGCUGGGGCGGACCCUGUCCAUAGCCGCCUGGCCCUGGCAGGGACGGGACAGCCCGGAGGGAGAGGGGGCAGAGGAGGGAGCGUGAGGCUUCCAGCACACGGCCGGGAGGUGUGCGGAGGUGAGGACGGAGCCGUGCCGAGGGGGAGUGCUGGGCGUGCUGUGCUCCAGCGUGUAUGGGCUUGUGUGCUGAGCUGGAGCAUCCCCGCUUCGCAUCGGACAGCGAGCUGGAAGCUGCUUGUGCUACCCCCCUGGUCCCUGUCCCCCACACAAGCUGUGUUUCCAGGUCAGGCAGAAGCAAGGGACUCCCUGCUGGAUUUGCCACUGCUGCUGAUGGGGCAACAGUAAAGCAGAUGAAGGUUUUUGCCGGGGGAAUGAGAGAGCAGGCACAGGGCAGUGAGCAGGGACAGAAGGGACUGAGGAGGCAGUGCCAGGGCAGCGAGCGGGGACAGAGCCACUGGCAGGGGGUCUGUCUGUCUGAGUGUGGAGAGGGUGGGAGAUGAGGCCAGGGCCAUGCUAGCAGGGUGGUUGGGGUUGGUGACAGUGCACUGUCGAUGUGGGUCCGUGAGUGAGAGGUGAGGCAAUGGGGGACAGCAGGGACGAGCCUGGGAAGGAGAUAAAGGGGUGAGCUGAAGUUGCGCAGGGUGGCUGGGCACAGGCAGCUCCUGGCAGGGUGAUGGUGUUUGUGGCACUCCCAGCACAGGGUUUGUCCCUGCCUGAGGCAGGUGGAGGGUGUGCGGGCGCUGCCUGCUCCUCUCCCGGGCUGUGGAGCGGGGAAGAAGUCACAUCUUGGCGCGGAGCAGGAAGCCAGGGCACGCAGCACAGGGUGUCGUUCCCCUCACCAUCCAGUACUUCGGCUUCUCAGCAUGGCUGCCAGGUUGCAAAGCCUUUCUGGUGCUCUUAAGUCAUGUUCUCAAGCACUUCCCUGCACCCUCUAUCACCACAAACUCCCCGCUUUGCUUUAUAGACAAACCCUCCCAUUUCCAGGCUGUCAUUUGGUGCCAGACCAAGGCUGGGGGAUGCAGUGCUGGCAACGGCCAGUGUGGGGGUGGGCACACUUGCCAUCCCUCGAUGGGGAGCAAACUGCUGGUGUUUGCAGGGGGGGCUCCUUCACGUCUCUGGUUUGCACUCUCCAGAAAAGUGAAUCCAAGAUUUCAGGAUCCCCCACCAGACCCCAGGAUGCCAUGGCUGAGAGCUGUCUGUGAGGGCCUCCAAGGGAUCCAGUGCUUAUUUCUUUCCUGCACAUUUAUUAGCUGCCUGUUGCUGCAGCCUCUAAGAGGUCAUGGCUGAGGGGGUACGAACCAGAGUCCUCAUUUUCCCCUUGCUCCUUGUGGAAACACUCAAUGAGGUGAUGAUUGACACGGUUGUCAUGCUUCCCAUAUACCCUUCCAGCCUGCUUCUGCUUCGCUUUGUUGCUUCCCGGCUGCACUCGCCUUUGCCAGCUCUGUCUCUGCUAGACCUGCCUGCAACUAACCCUCAGCUGAGCACCUUCCGGACACGAGCCCCUGCUCUCCUCCAGGGUCCAGUCCAGCUGCUGAGGAAGGGCCAUCGCUUCUUUCUGCCCUGGUCCCCAUGGGACUGAGGGCAGCUGAGGAGUGAGGUGUGGGUGAGGCCCCCCGAGGUCAGUGUGCUAUACACCCUCCACCACAGAACGAGGCUGGAUGCUGAGAGGAGCUAGAGGGUCCUAGUGGGAAGGAAGGACAUGUUUCAGUGUCCCCAGCAGCGACCUGGUGUCCAGGGGACCCCCCUGCCACCAUCCACAGAGGGGACAGAGUGGGUGCUGGUUGCAGGGUGUCCCGGGUGCUCCUGUCCCCUGACUACUGACACCUCCAUGUACCCUGCCCCGUGCCGCUGUGUGCCAGCCCCUCUGCUGGGGACCCUGACAUCCCCCUGCCCCCUUGCAGCAGCUGGAGGUGAAGGCGGGGGGACUGGUCCCCCCCAGGGGAGAGAGGUGGGGAUGGCAGCACACACGGGACAUGGCGCAGGCAGGGCAGGGAUGCAUGGGUGAGCGUGGAGCGGGAUUUUCAUGUGGACAGACAGGGUCACGCAGGAGAGGGGACAGCAGGAGCUCGGCCGUAAGUGCAGAGCAGAUGAAGGGAGAGCCUGGGAGGAGCAGCAGCAGGCAAGAGGCCUCUUCCAGGCUGGGCUGCCUCAGAAAGAAGGCAGGGCUGAGCCAUCUCCCCGUGCCACCGCUCCUGCCCAGCACUGCCCGCCGGGGAUGGUGGUGGAUGCCCCGCGGGCUGAGGGGGUGCUGCCGGAGCCGGGUGGGACCCUGCCAGUGUCCUGCCUCACCACAGGUGUGUACAUGUGUAAAUGAUCCUCCUCCUAACUCAGCGCUGCCUCCGAGACGCCUCUCUAGCCUCUUACUUUUGUUAUGGACCUUGACUGGGGAUUUAUAGCUAUAUUUUUUGUCCUUUCUUUUCCUACAACUGUCGUGUUACUAACUGUUGACUCAAUCUAUCUGGGAAACCAAUCUGUCAAUGUAAGUGCACUUAACCCUUGGGUGUUGUCAUUAGUCGACUGGCUUUUGCUAAAUAAAUCUUUCUAUUUCUCAAGGC